UUUCAUGAAUGUUUGAUAACAUUGAAAGUUUAAGUGAAAAUAAUUUUAGCAUAAUGUUGUUAAUACAUAAAGACAAUAGAAAACAUUUAAUCCAACACAACAUAAGAAUUUCAGCCCUUAACUCUUCAAUGAUGUCCCAAUCCACGCAACUCCAUUUACCCAAAGUGAGAAUGUUGUCUCGUGGUGGUAGAUCUAUCAAGAUCACAAAUGUGAAAUCCAUCAAGCCACCAGAUGCUGAGCUGAUGAAGAAGCAGGAGGAGGAGAAAUUGAGGGUUGAGUUACAAAAGGAGAUAGCAUCCCGAUACCGCACCUGUGGGCAUCAGAAGUACGAAUGCCUCCUUCCAGUGUUGGGGGGUCGGGCAUUCUGUGCCCAGCAUAUAUUGGAUGACUCCACAGCGCCGUACCAGCAGUGCGCGCAUGUUAAUUCCCAGGGUAGGAGGUGCCCUGCACCAGCCCCAAAGGUGGAUUAUAGCGUAUGCUUCGAACAUGCCCGCGCAGCCCUACUCAGCCGUCAGCGGAGCGCUGCGCCUCCGCCCCCUGUCACUACGACGGAGACACUGUUAAACCAAUUGCAACAUUAUAUACGGCCAGAACGUACGCGUACAACAUCGUGCGCCUCCUCCGUGUCUGUGGUUAGCGAUCCAGCUGACAACGAAAUUACAUCGCAUUCUGUCGAUCCGUUUAAGGAAAUAGAAGCGACCGUGGUCAACUCUGCUGUAUCAUCGAAUAUAAUGGAAUGCGCGAGCGCAAGUGAAAGUGAUUGUGAUAGUAUCGAAUUGAAUGAAGAUAUUACAGACCUGUUGUCUGAUACGGAGGAUGCGCCGUGUGAAGAUCAACCGUUAUGGCGCGCGGGCGUGUUCACUGCUGAGGAAGCGGUGUCGGAGGCGAAGAGCGUUUUGAAAUUGUUAAAAGAAGCGUACGUGGGCCAAAUGGAGAAGUUGAGGAUCUCCCUACAAAUCGGGAGACUGCAGUAUUUGAGAACCCUAAAGGCCGAGAAGGAAUUGUAUUGCAGUAUAAACACCCAAUCGAAGAGCGGGCCACAGACCGUGCGUGAGAGGAGGCAAAUCAGGAAGUUGAAGGCGUACGCCAGUUAUCACAGGAAGUAUCGGUCGGAGGCCAUUUUGGCGAAGAAACUUCAGAAGAAACGUGCUAAGGUGAACGAGAUACCCACAAAUCGGGGUAAUCCGCAGCAAGGCAGGUGUUCGUUUACAGAGGGCGGGGUUCGAUGCUCGACGCAUACACUCCCCGCGACGAAGCACUGUCUCAAGCACAUACUGCACGACCGGCAGCAGGUGCUGUUCAAGCAAUGCAACGACCAGCGAGGUGGUGUGGCCUGCAGGGAGCCCAUCGCCAAGUUGCCUCUCGCCUCCAAUGCCUGCAGAUACCACACGGGGCCCCCCGUGUAUGCAACUUUUACGUUGAAGAAAGACGAAACGGACUCGGAUGCUGAUUCCCACUCAUCAUCAGAGAGUGAUGAUGAACUGCCGUCUCCGAGGAAAUCGGCUCCGGCCGUGGCCAGCGGCCUGGUCGAUGUUAUGGGCUACGAAUGACAUCCGGACAAUCCAUAUGGCAUAUGGAGUAGCCGAAUAGUGAUUACUCAGUGUUCAAGUGACACAGAUAUAAGUGUAUAAUUGACAUAAAUCACUAUAAUUGCAAGUACAUUGAGACCGAUACAGAACUACUCUUGACCUGUCAAUUGACUUGAAAUAUGAGCCUUAUUGUGAAGUUGCCUUAGGUAGCAUAAAGUGUAUAUAUGCCCUAAAGUGACCUUUUAAUGAAGUAAAUUAAAUUCCAUAAUUUAUUAAGUUGGCAUCGUAAAACAUAAAUCAAACUCAAAACUAGUAUUAAGAUUAGUUUUAUGAAAUAUCAACUGCGCUUACCAGCCUUAGUGUAUAAGUGACCUUAAAUGAAUAUAUGUGACAUUAGUUGAAACAAUGGUAAUAUUUUGGCACAGACAAAGCUAAAGCUGCUAGACGACUGGAUCUAUUUUAACGAGGUUCAGAUAGUAUUAAUUAAGAGGACACCGGGCUUGUCGCUGACGAGCGAUCUCUGUCAGGCAACCCUAGUAAGGAAAAAUACUAAGGGACUAUUACUACGAAAUUUAAAAAUGAUAGUUACAGAUAUUACUUAUAAUAAUAAUGAUGUUAGUCUAAAAUACAUAAUAAUAUUUUUACCUUUAGAAAAAAUUAAUUAAGACAUAUUUUUUGAUUUUUCAUAUCAUUAAAGCUUCAAUUAACGCCAUCUAUUGACGCGCAUUUGUAUUUAGGUAGAUUACAUUAAAAUUGGAUUUAAUUAUAUGAACUUAUUACAUAGGAUUGCAACUCGAAAAUGUAUAAAAGAAAAUCUCGAUAUUGACUGUUUAUUUAUGUAUUUUAAAUGUUCAAACAAUUUUUAAUU